CAUUACAAUAUGACACACAGUCUGUAGGCAUUUUAAAGCAAAAUAGGCGCUAAAAGUUGCCGACGUCAUUUACUAAAUUGCAAUAUUUCAAUAUAGGCGGUACUCCCUGAAGAAGUCAUAGAUCCGCUACUGUUUAAAAAUCAUUGAGUGAGUCAUACAUAUUGAGGAAAGGUCUUUGGGAAGACGCAGCAUCAUUGGCAAAGGGCAUUUAAACUAACUUAUUAUCAGCGGAAAUUCUUGCUUUUGUUUAAAACAUCCGUGAUAUAAGAAUGAUUAAUAUCCUUUUAUAGGUAACAGUGUAAUUGGGAAUGAUGGGAGACAUUGUGAAUUGUGCCGCUGCUGACAGAACUUGGGGUAUACCCUGGUUUGCAGCUUUUUGUUUCGUAUAAUAUAGCCAUCAGGAUUUACUAGUUAACUAAAGUAAGACAGCAUUGUUAUUUUUUUUCUGUCAAAUCAUCAGUUAAUAGGGCAGCAAAAAGGUCAUUAAGUUAUUUUUCUUUUGCUGAAAGAGCAAAAAGUGUUUGAAUCGUAAUAAAAAGAAUAAAAAGAAGACUUAUAUAAAACUUUAGUUUGUUAAUACGAUGGAACUAUACAAUAUAUUUAGAAUUUUUACUUGGAUAUUUGCCAUAUUUGUGACAAAAAUCACCAGCGAAAAUACCUUAGAAGUGAUUUGGAUGGUUCCACUAAAGUCACACAAGGAUAAUGUAUAUCCUUACAACGCAGCAUCGUCCGUAGCAGCUGUAGCUCGGGGACUGGAAGCAAUCCGCAACAAUUCUAUAUUACCAGACCACGAACUGAACGUGACCCUUAUCGAUACAGACUGUAACAGUAAAAUGAGUAUAGGGAAGCUCGUGGAACGGUUUUGUCAGCAAAAUGUAGAUGUUGUCAUUGGCCCACCGUGUCCAAAAGUUGUUCAGCCUAUUGGAGAGCUACUGUCCUACAGAAAUAUACCACAUAUCAACUGGAUCUCUCUGGGUCAAACUGUGGACUUUCUGAAGAAGGACCUUAAUACAUACAUAAGGACAAUGGCUCCCAUGUCCUCUUUAGGUGGACUUAUGGUGCGGUUUUUCCUUCAAAUACAAUGGAAACGAUUUAUUCUAAUAUCAAGCGACGAACGAGACUAUGUAAGUACGGCAGAGGACAUAAAAGAUAGUCUCGACAAACAGGCAGGUGCAGGUGUGAAACUGGCCCGUCACUACGAAGUUAAACUGAAUAUAAGGGACAAAGACGUUGACGAGAAUUUCAAAACAAUCAAGCAUGAGGGGCGAAUUAUAAUAAUGGUGAUUCCACGAGGUCAAUUACGGAGGUAUAUGCUGAGAGCAUACGAGAUGAACAUGACAGAUGGACAUUACCAGUUUCUGUUUGUAGACACAAAGUUAGCCGAUAACAGAAAUCUGGAGUACAUAAACAGUGACAAACUUUGGAAUAAAUCAGACGACUUUGACGUUGUGGCGAAACAAGCUUUCGAAAACGUUCUCUACUUUGUGCUCGGACAUAACAGCAAGGAUAUAGACAGUUGGAAAAACGAGUCGUAUGCAGCGUUUCACAACAUUUUCAAAGACAGACCAGACAUACCACGUCCUACAGAGCCAGACGAAUACGCCUCGUACCUUCAUGACGCGAUUAUAUUGUAUGCUAGAGCCAUGAAUAAAAGCUUGUCUACAAAUCAUAACGGAACCGGCCAGGAUAUAUUUACUCUUACUUCUCGGGUACCAUUUAAAGGUUUAUCUGGAGAGGUGGUGAUAGGCGGUCUAGGUGACAGGUUCCCAACCUUCUUUGUAUCCGACUUGGACCAGUUUGGCAGUUUUCACAAGGUCGCAACCGUAGAGUAUUACAUUUCAGCGGACGGAAAGCCAAGAAGGAGUUCCACAUACGAUGUUAUACGAUGGGGAAACGGGACAACGUCUGCAAAUGGUUCUUACCCACCAGACACCCCGCCGUGUGGAUUUUAUAAUGAAAAGUGUCCAACCACAACUACAGAACAGGCCACCACCACACCAGAGAACGACCAUAAAGAUGUUAUAAUUAUAUCAUCGACUGUUGGAACCAUAACGUUGUUUUGUAUAGUACUUUUCGUUAUAGUGAGAUGGUGGCUGAAUGAGAAAGAGCUACAAAGUAUGUCCUGGAAAAUAAACUACAACGAUCUGGACUUUGAUUUCGACUUGCCCCAGUACAGUACACAAACAUCAAUUAAUCGAUCGAGAAUAACCAUUAAAAAGCAUCGGUACAUAAAGGGAGACGACAGCACUGUGAACAGUUUUAGAAAGAUCAGUGACGCUAGCUCACCGGCUGUUAAUGGAUCUAAGAAAAGGAAAGUAUCAACUAGUCCAGUAUACAAAUAUAGAAGAAGGAGCGAAACAAACAGUCCUAUUGGGAGAAUUGUUAAGAAGAGCGUACCGCGUAAAAUACGCAGUGGCGUUUCGACGGUAGAUGAUUCAUUCCGGCGGGGUGGUCAGUUUUAUACGACAGUUGCAACCUAUAAAGAAGAACUCGUUGCUGUGAAAAUGUGUACAAAGAAAGAAAUAAACAUGGAUAGAACAUUUUUGCUGCAAGUCAGAAAUCUUAGAGAUCUUCAGCAUGCUAACUUGACGAAGUUCAUUGGAGUUUGUACUGCACCAGAAACAGUUUGUAUUGUGAGGGAAUAUUGUCCAAAAGGCAGCUUACAGGAUGUGAUUGAAAACAACGAUAUCCGGCUCGACACCAUGUUUAGACUUUCGCUGGCUGCGGAUAUUUGUCAGGGACUGGAUUAUCUACAUAAAAGUUCCAUCAAAGUCCACGGAAAUCUUAGAAGUGCAAAUUGUGUUAUUGACAGUCGUUGGGUGUGUAAACUGACAGACUUUGGUAUUGAAAAGUUCAGAGCUAUCCAAAACUCGGAGGAAAUGAUGGGCGAAUAUAACUUUUAUUCCAGAUUAUACUGGACGGCUCCAGAAAUAUUGCGCAAGCUUUUGAAGAAUGAAAGCUGCGAGUGUACCCAUCAGUCUGAUAUCUACUCACUCGGGGUGAUUUUCAAGGAGCUAGUCAGUAACUCUCAGCCAUACAGUGCCGAAUCACAUCUCAAACCAAAAGAAAUUGUUACAAAAGUUGCCUUUCCUGAAGGCGGAGAAGACAUAUUUCGGCCUUUUAUUAACAGUGCCGACCUGAGCUCUGAAAUACAGCAGUCUAAUAUCGAAUACCUGGUGCAGAGGUGUUGGCUUGAAGACCCAGAUGCUAGACCAAAUAUAAAAACGGUCAUAAGAAUGCUUAACAAGAUCAAUCCGUUCAAAAAAAUAAGCGUUAUAGAUAAUAUACUAGCAUUGAUGGAGAAGUACACAAAUAACCUGGAGGAAGUGGUUGCUGAAAGAACUUCUCAAGUGCAAGAAGAAAAGAAGAAGACAGAAGCUUUGUUAUACAGUAUCUUACCAAGAAAAGUUGCUGAUGAACUGAAGGUUGGAAGGACAGUAGAAGCGGAAGCAUUUGAUAUGGUGACAAUAUAUUUUUCUGAUAUUGUGGAAUUCACAAGACUUUGUAGUGAGAGCACACCGUUACAGAUCGUCGAGUUCUUGAAUGCCCUGUAUACAAUGUUCGACGAUAUCAUAAGUUAUUAUGAUGUUUAUAAGGUGGAAACUAUUGGUGAUUCGUACAUGGUAGCUAGCGGACUUCCGGAAAGGAACGGCAGCCAACAGGUUCGAGAGAUAGCAGAAAUGGCUUUAAACAUUCUCCAGAGUGUCAUAUCAUUCAAAAUACCUCACAGGCCUGAUAAGCAGCUUAAAAUCCGCAUCGGAUUACAUACUGGACCAGUUGUAGCGGGAGUGGUCGGGCUUAUCAUGCCUAGGUAUUGUCUAUUUGGAGACACGGUAAACACCGCAUCUAGGAUGGAGUCCACGGGAGAACCCUUGAAAAUCCACAUCAGUCCGUAUACAAAAGUUGUGCUAGAAGCUUUUCCGAACUUUAUUGUGGAGGAAAGAGGCCUCAUUGCUGUGAAGGGAAAAGGCACAAUGCACACAUAUUGGCUGACUGGCACACACACUGGCGUUAGUCAGUCAUCAACACCACAAUUAAACCAUUUAAUCGACCCCGGCUACCGCGACGUAAGGCGUUAUAGCGAACCACUUUAUCACGAGACUAGCCAUCAAAUAACUGUGCUGGGGAACGAGGAGAAAGCAAACAUCGACGAAAAAUUUCAAGAAAUGCAGAAUGAAUUAUCAUAUGCUCAGGCGGUUAAUGGUUCUCACAAAUAUGCUCUAAAAGCUGUAGAUGAAAUUGAAAGGAAAAUCAGUGUUGCUGAUUCGGGUAUCAGUAUGGAUAAAGGGCUAGAUGAAAGAUUAGAAUACGCUUCUUCGACCACAGAGAGGGGAGAAAGAAAUUAUUCCCCCUUGAUAUCUUUGAAGGCAAAAUCUUUACCACAUUUAAAUGGUAAGUCGGGCAUAAAAGUUUUAGAAAAAUUCGGUCCUGAAAAAUGCAUAGAGAACAUGCAAUAUCCUGUGACAGUUGUAGAUUCAUACGACCAGCAGGAGACUGAGCAAAGGAGAAUUGGCGUAAAAUUUUCUGUCGACAGAAACCAUCGCAAUAGUUUAAAUUUAGAUAACAUAAGUGAACACAGCGAAAAUACGAGCAUUGUAGACGAGUUAGAAAGGUCGUCUGAAAACAGCAGAAGAAAUAGACAACAAAUGUCAAACAUUAUUGAAUCUGCCAGACUGUAACAUGUACUAUCUCGUUGAAAUGUUUGUAAUAUUUCUUGUGUUGAUGACACCUGUCAAUCCAAAAGGCUAGCUCUGUUUUCUUUCAAACGGAACCAUAUGUUAAUGUCCCUACAGCAAUGUUCUGAGGGGUGUUUUCAACAAAUAUAAUACUACUAUAGAACCAUUAAUAUUCGUUUGGGACUAACUUUCGUGCAUUUCGUGGCUGUGUCAAUCUACAAAAUGAAAUACAAGGGAACAAAUAAGAUUCUCAUUCGUUUUAUUUGCAGAAGCUGAAUUCUCCAAAUUCAAAUCGCCACAAAAAGCUGUUUGGCGAAAUUCACGAAAUUUCUUGCCCACGAAAUUACUAGUGAAUGAUUUCAUGAUCUUUGUAUUUUCAAAUUUCUCUAUAAUAAGGAACAGAAAGACGAUGAUUUAUUUAAUCAGAAAUACUUUUUUGGAUGUUUUACUUUGUUAUUUUAGAACUCUUUUGCCAUGUCAUGAAUAAAUUUGCGGAAUAUUUUAUAUUGAAUUGCUGGUAGACUUCAAUCUAUGAAGGUUGUAAAGUUUCUUCAUUUGUUCGUGUUGUUUGAUUUUAAAGUCAUUUGCUCUCAUAAUGGUUAAAUAUUCUUAAAAUCUAUAAUUACAUAUAGUUUGAUAUACAAUAUGACAUGACGUGGAGAAUAAUAAAAUAAGACACAACAGAUUUUAAGUACAGUCACACUUGCUCCAGAUACAUCGUCUAUCAAGCGUCCACUUGCAUUAAGUGACCACUUUUUAAAUUCUGUAUAGUGUUGUUAAAGAACUUAUAAUGUCGUAUUACAGACCACCUUUUUGUACUCCCUAAGGAGGUUUAUGAAUGCAAGUUGUACUGUAUUUACAAAAAACUAUUUCGAAUGUUAAUACUGUUUAUCAUUUUUUUUUUGAUUUUAUCUGAAUUUAAAGCAUUUUUCUCUAAACCAGAUUGUGAGGAACAUCGAAUAAUGUGAUGAGGAUUACAUAGAAAUAUUUCCUUUGGGGAAAAGUAAACGCAACAGAAGUGAAAAAAGGAAACUAAUGGUAUUAUUUAUGAUGAUACGGAAAAUACCAUUGAUAACGUGUUUAACCUUUCGAACGGGUUACAUGUCCUGUCUUUAAUUGACCCAAAACCUAGUGAUACACAACGAAGCUGUUAAAUAACAAUAGAGAAAUACCAAAAUUAUGUAAUUUGCUUUAUUUCAUCCUGCGACAUCAAAUAUAUGAUGAAAUUAAUAAAAUGCUAAUAAAUCUAUACCAGAAUCUGCUAUUACUGUAUACUUUUACUAGAAGUUCAGAUAAUUUUGCCCGUUUGGGUAAUUUUAUUUCUACUAUGUAGAAUUUGAUCCUCAUGUUUCAAAACUUCAGAAUAUACUUAGAAAAUUCGGCGGGUCGUACGCUUGGCCUUUUUUUUUGCUAGACUGAUCUGAAUAUUGUAGACCUAAAACAAGUUUUCCUUCAAGGCCUGUGCCUUUGUUCAAUGACAAAAAUGUAUCUACAAUGUAGAUUUUAAUUAAACUUUCCACAGUCGUAAAUGAGCAUAUGAUCUAUAAUAUGAUGAAAUAAACUGUAUAGGUCCA